CCCUCACUUCUUCUUUUUUAUCAUUUCAAACUUGAAACAAACUAAACCCCAUGAUGACGUGGACCAUCAAGAGAGAAAGAGAGCCUGAAAGCAUAGCCAUGGCCAACUAUCUCAUGCUGCUUUCUGGUGGUGCAGGACUUGAGAGAACCACCACCACCACCACCAGCAACAACCGUGUAUUCGAGUGCAAGACAUGUAACAGGCAAUUCUCGUCGUUUCAGGCACUGGGAGGCCACCGUGCAAGCCACAAGAAGCCGAGGCUCAUGAACGGAGAAGACAGCAGCAGUGAUGAUAGCCAUGGCUCUCCGGCAAAGCCUAAGACUCACGAGUGCUCCGUUUGCGGCUUGGAGUUCGCCAUUGGCCAAGCUUUGGGUGGCCACAUGAGGCGUCACAGAACAGCACCGCCACCACCACCGCCGCCACCUUCUUCAGACGUGACUAGCAAUAAUAAAAGAAAGAGAGAAGUUAUGUUUGUGGAUCUGAACUUGACUCCCUUUGAGAAUGAUUUGGCAUUCUUGAAGAUUGGACAACCAACAAUAACUACUCAUCCUCCUAACUUGGUCCAUUGUUUGUAACUACUUCUGCUACACAUACAUGAAGCUUAGUUAUUAGCUUUUUGGAGAUACUUAUUUUAAUUUAUUUAUUAAACUUAACUAGUGUAUGUAUGUAUACCAGAAAAAAGCCAUAUAUAGCUGCUAGCUCCUCCCCUCCAUCGAUACUCUUAUCUUCUUAGCUUCCAUUUCUUUCUUACUUUAUUCUAUUUGUAAAUUAAUCACUUCUUUUUUCUAUUAUUAUUAUUGUUCCUUCUAUUGGAUUUAUAUACCGA